CAGCCACAGUACGCCUGCACUGCUUACAGAUACAGCUCUACUGCUUACAAAGAUAGUUCGACUGCGUACAGACAUAGCUCUGCUGCUUCUACUUGGCCCCUUCCACUUGCCGUCCGACUGCACCCACCGCCGCCAUGAAGGUUGUGUACAUCGGUAUCUUCAACAACGAGGCCAAGCCUGCCGUCGAGCUGACCCACGAGAGCGAUUUGUCGUCGUACGGUCGCUUCACAAGAGGCAGCGUCGCCGAGUUCUUGACAUUCUUCGCCGGCGAAGUCGCCCAGCGCACACGGCCCGGUCAGCGACAGGAUGUCGAAGAGAAAGAGUACACAUUCCACGCCUACGGCCGCACCGAAGGCGUCUGCGGCAUCGUGAUAACCGACGACGAAUACCCCACCAUGGUCGCCCACCGCGUCCUCUCCAAGAUCGUCGACGAGUUCGUCUCCAAGUACCCGCGCACCGCGUACGCCAACUUCGCAAAGGGCUCGCCGCAGCUGAGCUUCCCGGAGCUCAAGCAGUACAUUGCCCAGUACCAGGACCCGGCGCAGGCGGACAGCAUUGUCAAGAUCCAGAAGGAGCUCGACGAGACCAAGAUUGUGCUGCACAAGACCAUUGAGAGCGUGCUGGAGAGGGGCGAGAAGAUUGACAACUUGGUUGCGAAGAGCGAUGGGUUGAGCGCGCAGAGCAAGAUGUUCUACACGCAGGCGAAGAAGCAGAAUUCUUGCUGUGUCGUCAUGUAGGUUGGGUCUGGGUGGGUGUUGAGCUUGUGCUUUGGUUAGGCUGUGUUAUGAACAUACCCUUUGACUGUCCUACUACAUUUGCUUCGAUCAUCUAUCGUGAUGUUCUAGGAAGGACCAGCCUGUAUCGUCUGGCGUACAUAUUGCACAUCAUUUCAACAACGAUCUGUCGAG